AAUAUAUUUUUAUCUUUUAUAUAUUCACAGUGGCUGGAAAUCCACAAAGGGAAUGUCAUUUUUUCAGAAGUACAGAGUUUCAUUUGCUAUAAUCACCGGACUGGCAAUUAUACAUCUUGGUUGGUACUCAAUAGCAAAUAACCCAACAUUUAAUUCAAAAAGGGAGAUUGAUCCUCUACCAGUUCUACCCACCUAUCUCAAAUCACAGAAAAGUAUAGAAGCUGCAAAGGGUGAAAGAUAACCAACAGAGGUACUGUUUUGAAGGAUGGGUGUGUUAAAUUGGAUCAAAAGGAACAAAUUUGCAUCAGUUGGCAUUGGUUUGGUGAUGUUUCAUCUUGGUGUAUAUCAGUGGGGUAAGUCAGCCUUUUCUUCUGAAAAACGAUUGACAUCAUCAUCUUUCAACUCCGAAUCGUAUGGUGGGUUAUACUCUGAGAAACAUAAAACCAAAGACUAAUUAAUAAGAAUGAGUAGAACAGAUAUUGUAGCAAGUGUUCCUUCUCCAAGUCUCGUAGAGUUUUCAACUUUAGAUGAUGCGAAUAAUCAAUUUGGGCUUGCCACGUUUAGAAAUCUAGUAAAAUCAUGCUAUGGACCCAAUUCUCGUUUAAAGACAAUUCAACAUCAUAGUGGUGGGCAAGUAAUGUUGACAUCCAGCUCUUAUGAUCUCUUAAAAAGUCUACCAAUCAGAAGGCCGUUUCUCAGACUUUUGGUUACUGCUGUGACAGAACACUUGCGACUGUUUAAUGAUGGAGGCUUGUUUGUAGCAGUUUUGGCCUCUGAACUUUUGUCUGUUUGUUGUUGCUUUAAUACUGAUAGACUUCCAAGAAUAUUGUGUUGUGAUGUAAACAGCAUUAUGUUGGAUUGGUGUAAUCACUUUGUGAGUACCUCCAAAGAGUGCAGAAUUCAUGUAGACAUCAGUAAUAUGAGCCAGAUGAUGGCUGUGAUUCGAUCGAUAAUUUCCACCAAACCUGCCUGCAGUUUUACCAGCAGAGAUAUCUCCCAUGUUUCGGGUUUAAUCUUGCAGGCUUUUCUGAAAACGUUCCCAACAUCUGGCCAUCUGAGAUCCACCCAGCAGGACAUCUAUUACAUAGAUGUGCCAAGCCAGGAUACACAGAACUCACGAAUAAUAGAUGGUGUGCUAUUCCAGCUUCCAAACGAUAUUCCUGAUAAAAUUCUUCCACCUGGGUCGAGAUUCACCUCUAAUACCAGCCCAUUAAAAGUAGCUCUGUUUAACAUCUCAUUAGCAGGUGACACUGGUGAGGUUCUUGAAGUCAGAUGUGAGGUUUCAGACGGACUCACUCCAAUGUGUGUUGUCACUGAACAGUUGUUUGACAUUGUACAGAGAUUGCUUGACGAUGGGGUCAGUGUUUUGGGAUGCCAGAAAGUGAUCCAUCCAAGUAUUAAAAAGUUCUUGAAAAAAAAUGGAGUGUUGGCAAUUGACCGCCUUUCUAUUCUCAAUAUUGCUGCUGUUGAGAAACUUUCAGGGGCGCAAUGUAUUUCAAGCUUGAAUUGUGAAAACAACAUGAGAAACUUGUAUGGCAGUCUAGAGAAGGUUCAAAUAUCCACCUUCUUUCAGAAAAGUUAUUAUCAUUUCAAGAAAAACACUAGCCCUGUAUGUACCAUGAUUCUAUGCAGCAGGCUUGAAGCAACACUUAAUGAAAUAAAGAGUGUCUGUAAGGUAGCUCAAAGUGUGUUACUAAGCCUGAUGAUAAAUCCAACUGUUGUACCUGGUGCUGGCUGCUUUGAAGUUCUUCUUUCCAAUCAUUUAAAACAAAAAAUUCAGAACAUUGAUAAAUCCCUUUGUGCAAGCAUAGGGUACUCUGAAUAUCAGUUCAAAUUAGCUGCUCAACGUUUCAUUCAAAAUCUACAAACUAUUGCUUCUUGUAAUCAAAUUGGACACCCUGUCACCAAUCUCAGCCAGUCACAUCUCUGGAUUGUGCCUGAUCAAGCUAAUCUGAAUUCUGAUUGGAUAGUGAAUAGAACCUGUAAUUGUGGACUCUGCCAUUUUGAUUGUUCAGAGAAUAUUGUAGAAAUAGGAAAUACCAAUACUCAUGCCGAACUAUUCACAAAUCAAAGCAGUGUUAAAGCUAGAAGAGAACCUAGAUGUUCCAAUGUAGUACUACAUAAAAAUGUCAUAGUUGACCAGUAUGAUACCAAACUGAACGGGUUAAAUGUAGCUGUUGAAACUGGCAAUAUUAUCCUUCGAAUACAGCAAACUAUUUCCAUUAGUUAAAUAUCUCUGGUUCAAUCAUGACAUUGGUUAAAUAUCAUGGUAAAAACUUGGUUGACUUGACUUCACAAUGCAUGGUGACAUCAUACAGCUGUUGCGCUUUUCGACUUUUGGGCUCUGGGAAACAGCCUGGUAAUUCUUUAUGGGCAACGUUUGCCUAAGUGGAUUGAUAAUCCCAUUGAACAUAAUAUGUAAGCAUAAAAGCAAUUCUAAUGACAGAAGACAACUAGGUGCAAUGGCAUAUUUAGUAAUAGAGUAUUUACAUGUGA